CGGUUGCUGGUGCUGCGGUCGCUGUUACUCGGGACUACACUUCCCAGUAGGCCUUGCGGGGAGAAGGACCGCUUCAGCUCGGAGGACUUCGCUGGCGGGAAAGGAUGGCAGCGGAUCCCGCAGAGCUGCAGAGGAUGGAAGCCUUCGUCAGGGCUCUUUUCCAGGAAAAGCCCGACCUCAGCACCCUCACGAAUGCUAUAAUCCGGAAGAAAUAUCUCCUCCAUGCCGGGCGGGAGAGUAUGGCUGAAGAGCAAAAGGAGCAACUCAGGCAGCUGGUGGAAGUAGAGUUGAACCGGAUGGAGGAGGAGGCUUCCGUGAAUGCCGUAGAGUUCAUGGCAAAAUUCAAGACUCACAUCAACUCCAUGAUCCAGAAGCGACCUCGCUGCAACUCUGAUACCCCUGGCGAGGAGUUAGAAAUCCAAGAGCUCAAGAAGCAGCGAACUGGAAGCAUACCAGAAGUCAGUUCUGAUGAUAAAGAUUCUGGGAUUGAUUCCAAGAAGAUACCUAAGCAUGUUGGAGCUGGGAAAUCUUCUAGCUGCUCCGACCAACAAGAUUAUGGAGCAGAAGGGCAGGCUGGCGGAUCUGAGAGUGAAGGGCAAAGUGCAAAGAAGAGAAGGAGGGAACGACCCCAGAGGGGGAAAGGUAGCAGGAGACAGAGAGAACGAUCAGGGAGUGAGUCGAAGGAGGCAACAGAAGAGGAACAGAGUGACCUUGAAGAGAUCAGAAAACAUAAGGCAGCAAAAGGCCAAAUAAUCGAAUCAGAGAGUGACUCUGAACAAGAGCUGAGCAACUACAAGACCCAGAAAAAGAAAGGGUUUGGCAAAGAACAGAAGCUGACUGAGACAGUGGGCAAAGGAAAGAACAGGAAUAUGGAUGAGCAAAGGAGAAAAAUGGAAGAAGAGUCAGAAGAGGACAUGGAGCUGCCCAAGGCACGAAAAAUGUGCAAGGGGGGAAGAAUUGAUGGAAGCGAGAGUGAAGAGGAGAUGAAGGGCAGUGGCGGCAAAAAGGCUCAGAACAGGCCAAGACGAAGAUGUUUGAAGGCUCAAGAGGAGAGUGAGAGUGAGGAUGAAUCAGAGAGCGAUUCAGAGGAUGAGCAGCCCAGCAGGCAAAACAAGAUGAGGAGAAAUAGUAAACGAAGCAGGGAAAGUGUGAGGGCAGAGGAGCUGGAGAGGGAUUCAGACAGUGACGGAGACAAAAGUUGGGCGAAGAAGGAAAUGCACAAGGCAGCUAGGAGGGCAAGUGAGAAAUGGAGCCAUAACUCAGAGAGCGAUUCUGAAGACGGUGGGGAGUUCAAGAGGCAGGCCAGCAAAGGAAUAAAAACGACGCAGAAGAGGAAGGAACUGGAGGAGAAAAAGCAGGGGAAGCAUAAGCCUCCCAAGCAAAGCACAAGCAGGGAAGAAUCGGAAAGCGAGAGAAAUGAGCGUAAGAGCUCAGAGCGAAAAAGAAAAGGGACCAAGGAGCCCAGCAGUAGCGAAGAUGAACCGUGCAGUGAGGCAGAGGAGAGGGAAAGGGGCAAAAGCAAAUCCAAGAUGUCUGGGAGCAGUGAGGAAUCAGAGGAUGGGUCAGAAGAGCAGGAAAGUGGAAAGCGGAGAAAGAAAAGAGAGCUUAAAAAGAAGGGCAAGAGUGUGUCUGGGAGUGAAUAUAGCUCAGAGGAAGAGUCGCUGAGAAAGAAAGGAGAGAAGUCCCAGGGAAAGCAUACCAUCGCUGAAAAAGAUCUGGAGACGGAUUCAGAGGACAGUGGAAGUGAAUUGGUGGGAAGGGAAAAAGGCCUGCAGAAGACUGGGAUGCAGAAGCCCCAAAGGAGGAGGGAAGCGAGUUCAAGCUCAGGAGAUGAAGAUGACCCCCGUUCUUCCAAACGCAAAGGAAAGGACAAAGAGCAUCACUCCAGGAAGAAUGAGGAGCACUCUUCAAUCCGACGCCUGAAACGCUACAUCCGGGAGUGCGGGGCCCAUCGGAAUUACAAGAAGCUGCUUAGCGGUUGCCACUCCCGCAAAGCUCAGCUGAAGGUGCUCAAAGAGGAGCUGGAAAACCUCGGCCUGAAGGGGGCACCAUCUCUGGCCAAGUGCAAGGCCUUGAAGAAGAAGCGGGAAGUGGCCGCCGAAAUUGCUUCGCUCGAUCUCUGCAACAUCAUCGCCACACAAGGCCGCCCAAGGCGUAGAAACGUCUGGAGUCUCUACAGCAAGCCUAAGCAGCUCAGCUCCCCAGAGGAUUCACCCGUCCACAGUCCUAUUAGGGACUGGUCCCACCUUAAAGGUGUCAUCAGUUCAGAUGGGGAAAGCAAUUGACUCCAGGGCUGGAGGGAAGCGUAGGCAUUCGUGGGUUGCUUGUUGCCCUAAUUUUGAAGGAAAACGCAACUUGGUCUGACCCUGACAACCAAGAGAGGGCUUCAUGAUGUUUUUGGCCCAUUUUACCCCACUCGACAUGCAUGGCAAAACAAAGAUAAUGUUAAUAUUUUUGUUGCCGUUUCCCCAUCACCAGCAUGAAAGGUGGGACACAAAUGUCUCUGCUGAGGGCAAAGGUUCAUCCCUUCCCAAAAUAUGUACUCCUAAGGGAGAUGGGUAGAAAGAGACAGCACCAGUUCCUUCAAACAGCUGUAUUAUAGUUGAGGUAUGGCCACCUUCCCCUAUGACCCUUCUUUCCAAGAGUAAAUAAGAAUCCUAAACAAGAACACAUGCAAGAGUAUAUUGCAAAGGAGGGGAUGUGGAGCUUCAUUUCCCGUAUGGUCUGGUACAUCUUUUCAUAUUUUGUGGCAUUUCUCUUCGCUCUGGGCGCCUCCUAAAUGAGAACGAAAUUGAUUCACUUGGUUGGAGGACACAUGUUGCUUUGCAACGUGGACCACAUUUGAUUAUGGAUGUUGUUCUGGAAAUUUUACAGCUAAAAUGUUUUAUAUUUGUUAAUAAAUGUUGGACUUUCUAAGUGAGA